AUGGCCUGUAACAGCACGACCAUCGAGGCCUACCAGUACCUGCAGCUGAACGCCAGCAACGCGUCCGGCCCGGGGGCCGCCCCGCUGCCCGCCCCACUCAGGAUCUCGCUGGCUAUAGGGAUGCUGCUGCUGAUCGCGGUGGGCUUCCUGGGCAACACCGUGGUCUGUGUCAUCGUGUACCAGAGGCCGGCCAUGCGCUCCGCCAUCAACCUGCUGCUGGCCACGCUGGCCUUCUCCGACAUCAUGCUGUCUGUGUGCUGUAUGCCCUUCGCCGCCGUCACCCUCAUCACUGUCCACUGGCACUUUGGGGACAACUUCUGCCGGCUGACGGCCAUGCUGUACUGGUUCUUCGUGCUGGAGGGCGUGGCCAUCCUGCUGACCAUCAGCGUGGACCGCUUCCUCAUCAUCGUCCAGCGCCAGGACAGGCUGACCCCGCGGCGGGCCAAGGUGAUCAUCGCCGCGUCCUGGGUGCUGUCUUUCUGCAUCUCCGUGCCCUCGCUGGCAGGCUGGACGCUGGUGGAGGUGCCGGCGCGGGCCCCGCAGUGCGUGCUGGGCUACACGGAGCUCACAGCCGCCCGGGCCUACGUGGUGACCCUGGUGGUGGCCGUGUUCUUCGCACCCUUCGCCGUCAUGCUGUGCUCCUACGUGUGCAUCCUCAACACGGUGCGGAAGAACGCCGUCCGCGUGCACAACCAGUCCGACAGCCUGGACCUGAGGCAGCUCACCAGGGCCGGCCUGCGGCGGCUGCAGCGGCAGCAGCAGGUCAACAUGGAUCUGAGCUUCAAGACCAAGGCCUUCACCACCAUCCUCAUCCUCUUCGUGGGCUUCUCGCUCUGCUGGCUGCCCCACUCGGUCUACAGCCUCCUGUCGGUGUUCAGCCGGCGCUUCCACGACAGCCCCUCCUUCUACAGUGCCAGCACCUGCGUCCUGUGGCUCAGUUACCUCAAGUCGGCCUUCAACCCUGUCGUGUACUGCUGGAGGAUCAAGAAAUUCCGCGAGGCCUGCAUGGACCUGCUGCCCCAGACCUUCCAGAUCCUCCCCAAAGUGCCUGAGCGGAUCCGAAGGAGGAUCCAGCCGAGCACGGUCUACGUGUGCAGUGAGAACCAGUCUGCUGUGCAUUAGGGCGGCCGGUGUGGGGGUCUGCCCCGCCCUGCCCCGGCAUAGUCGCCAUCGGGCACACACGGUGGCCGCUAUGUAAGCACAAAGGGACUCGUUUGUUACCAGAGGAGCUGCAGCUCCCACACUCCGAAUUGGCCAGAUGAAUUAUUUUCAUUUCUCUUCGCAGAGCCAUGUGUGGGGCGGGGUGAGGGGUGCAGAAGUCGGGCAGAAAGCGAGGGGCGAGGAGGAGGCAGGGAGUGAGUCUGGGUGGGUGUGGGGCAGGAGGGGGCUGUCGAAGAGAGCCGCAUCUGAGCUCUGUGGGCCUGCUCCCAGAGAUGCCACGGCCCGACCGCCACGAGAACCGUGUCCUUCCCUGUGGGCUCCCAUUCGCGCUGACACUGCGCCCUUCAGAGUCAGUGCGUCUGUGGGGUCAGGGGAAUACGUGAGGUCUUUAUGUGGGUCAUACACACAUUUCUGACCAUGCCGAGUUAUCCUUUCUAGAAAGAAACCAAAAUCACACGGGGAAGCAGGGAGGGCCCCGGGCUUUCGUGUCCCUGGUAUGACAUGGGGGAGGCCUUCGUGGCUCGAAGCCCGGGGGUGUUCUGGACAGCCCAGCUGCAAUGAGACGCCCCCAGGCCGUGUGCGUGCUCCCGGCACCAGACCUGCUCGCCUGCCCGCUGGUCAGUUCUCGGUCCCUUCUUCCCUCUUCCCCUUUCAUCCUGCUUCCCUUUGCUUCCUCGCCCUCGGUUUUGGGGUGCUGAGAGUGCUCAUUCCUGACCCGCGUCUCUGCAGUGACUGCCGGGAAGUCUCUACGCCUUGUUCACACGUUUCCUCGGGACACUCGGGCUCCAGCGCCUUUGCGAGUCACCAGUUCCACUUUGGAACGAGGACUGCUGGGAGCGGAGGCAGGAGAGGGGAGACAACAGCUGCCCUGCCCCACCCUGCCCGAGGGGUCCCCCGAUCUCUGUGCUCCUCCUACCUCACUCAGAACCGCUGCUGCCAGCUGACCUGCCUCCCCACACGGGCUUCCCCGGGGAGACAUUUCUGCUCACACCCUACACUUGGCCACUAUGCCCAUGGUCACCUGGGGCACCGGGGGCUUCCAGCGCCGGGAGAUGAUUUCCCCGAGUCCAGGGCAGGGCACUGAGUCUGCUGAGCUCUCUUUACAGUUUCUGGUCUCCAGAGAGAGGGAAAUUUAAGGAGAAAGCAGAAAAUCUGGUUCCAGGUCUGACUAUCAGGAACCAGUCAUGUGGCCUGGGUUCAUUUCACCUCCUUUUCCUGAGCCUCACCUUCCCCAGCUACCAGCAAGGAGGCUGGUCACUUUCCCCUCAAACGCUGCUUCUGAAGUGUGUUCCCACUGUCGUCCCCAGAGCCCCUCCUUCCGUGUCCUCAUCUCU